AUGCUAGCGCCGCAGCAAGAGCAGCAGCAGCAGCAGCAUAGGCACUACCACCAACAGCAGCAGCAGCAACAGCAGCAGCAGCAGAGACAACUACGACAACAGCAACAGCAGCAGCAGCAGCAACAACAACGGCAGCAGCAAGAACAACAACAGCAGCAGCACAACAACAACAGCAACAGCAGCAACAACAGCAGCAGCAGCAACAACAACAUCAGCAGCACACCAACAACAGCAACAGCAGCAACAGCAGCAACAGCAGCAACAGCAGCAGCAGCAGCAGCAGCAAGUUACCUUGCCCGUGACGGCGACGAUUUCCCCCUUACUUUGGCGGUGGAGAGCAUCAGGCGAGACCCCCCACGCAUGCGGCAGUGA